ACGUUGUAGCGGGCGGUUGUGUACAGUGUGCUAGUUUUGUGUUCGCACUUCGUAUUUAUUUCGUGAUUAUUGAUCGCCAAAGUUUAUUUUAUAUUAUUCAAGUGUAUAAAAUUUGUUUUACCUAAUUUUAUAACAACGGUACAUAGACUAUUAUAAAACAUCGCAAUGGUUUCAAAAUCUACAAAAAGGACUCAAGCUAAAUAUUCAAUGUGAAAACUAAAAUGAGACGUAAAAGUGUGUUUUGUGUGUCCUAGUAAAGUGCUGAAGUUGUGUCGAAAUCGAUAAACGAUCAAAAUGGAGACGGAUAUGCAUAACUCGACAUUAGAACCGAUCUAUCCGCGGGAGGCGACCAUUUUAGCCGCAGUGUGCGCCUGUAUCUUCAGUAUAGUUGGAGUAAUAGGCAACUUCAUAACGACUGUGGCGCUGCUCAUGCACCCCAAGCUGCGCGGGCAUGUCACCACCAUGUUCGUGCUCUCUCUGUGCGUGUCCGACCUGCUGUUCUGCAGCAUCAACCUGCCGCUCACUGCGAACAGGUAUAUCCAGGAGCAGUGGGUGCUUGGCCCGCAGCUGUGUCAGAUGUUCGCCUUCGUGUUCUACGGCAACGAGGCGGUGUCCCUGUUGUCUAUGGUCGCCAUUACCAUCAACAGAUACACACUGAUCGCAUAUUAUGACAUGUAUUCUCAAAUCUACACGACCGCCAAGAUCUGGAUACAGCUGCUGCUCGUCUGGUUCGUGUCCUUUGGGCUAAUGUCUCUACCAUUGUUGGGUAUUUGGGGCCAGCUGGGGCUCGAACCGGGCACGUUCUCUUGCACGAUACUGCCCAAAGACGGCCACAGUCCCAAGAAGUAUCUCUUCGCAUUCGGCUUCGCGCUCCCGUGUGUCGUCAUCAUCGUGUCGUACUCGUGCAUCUACUGGCGCGUGCGCGAGAGCAAGCGCAAGCUGGAGGGACGCAGCAAACUCAGCGGGCAGACAGCUAAAGAGAAAGAAGAAGAUUCCCGUCUCACUACGCUUAUGCUAACGAUAUUCCUCUGUUUCCUUGCAUGUUUCCUCCCACUCAUGAUUAUGAACGUGUCCGAUGACAAAAUUACUUAUCCCUGGCUGCACAUCAUAGCAUCAAUAUUAGCGUGGGCCUCUAGUGUGAUCAACCCUUUGAUAUACGCAGCUACCAAUAGACAAUAUAGAGCGGCGUAUGCCAACCUUUUGAAGUUUUGCAAGAAUAAUCCCGUCGCACGAAGAACGACUUGGGGAAGCAGAACUGUUGGACAUUCCUCGAAUUCCCCACAUUAUGUGGACAAUAAACGGAAUAAUUUGAAAGAGAAUCCUACAAAUUUAUAAGUCUGCUGUAGUUUUUGUCGCAAAGUGUAAAGGGGCCAUAUCAUCUCAGUUCUAUCUAUUUGAAUUACACUUAACAGUUCCAUGACAAUUCGCAUAAUUCUCUCAAAUAAUUAGUUAGCAAAAUUUCCAUAUUUUUAUAAUAACCCACUAAUCUACAAGUAUGACGCGACAAAACUAUUACACUUCUAAUUUAUGUGACCAAAACUGUGGUUAAUCAUGCGUAUUUUAAUUUACCAUGUAAUUAUUCACAGUUAAAACGGGCAAGCACGAACGCCUUUUUAAUAUUAAGUAAUAAGCGCGAUAGACCGUUAAGAGUGAUAAAUAAAUCAUAACUGUAAAUGAUUUCAAUUUACAUUGAUGAAGUAUCAAUGUAUAUUUAAACAGCGUAAAUAUGGUCGUACAUUGUACACUCCUGUAAAUAUAAAUUGUUAAAUAUUGUAAAUAUAAAUUGGUUUAGAUAUAAAUAAUAUAAAAAUAUAGGUUGUAUACUUAAUAGAUGAUUACUAAGUGACCAAAGUAAUUUAUUUUAUAUCUUAAAUGUUAUGAAAAUCUCAAUAAUACACUAAUGUGUUUAGGCAAUAUUUUAUAUUACUUAUGAUAUUUAAGUUUAUCAAUAUUAUUAUAUCAAAUCAGUAAUCAACAAAGUUAUGCUUAUAUUCCCCUGGAUCAGAUUACCUAUUAUCAUUCAUUCAUGACCAAUAUCAUAUCAAUAUUUAUAUAUGUCAGUUACUUUUCGGUACCUAUAUAACAUUUAUUGUACAUAAAAGAAACUGAUUUAUUAAAUAAUUACAUCAGAAUUAAGUCAUUGUAAUUAUUUUUGAUAUUAUAUCGAUCUAAUAAUAUUUUUACCUAUAUACCUAUAAAUAAUUAAGUACCUACCGUUACUUUAUUAAAUAUUUACUACACUGCGUCAAUAAGAACCUGAUUGUAUCUCAAUUUCACGGUUUGUUUAACUUGAGUUAAAACAAACUGCUAGUUUAAUUUAAAUGAAUGUAUGAAGCCACCAAAGAACAUUAAAACCCCCAAGAAUUUACAUAAGAAUAUAUCUAUUUAAAUAUAUUUACAGUCAAUUGCAAUUUAAGUGUUGUUAGAAAAUUAAUGUUAUUUACUACCCAGUUACCUAAGCUGCCUAUUUAGUUUUUUUAUUACAAAAUAUUAUUUGAAUUAUUUACUCACUGAGUCAAAUGUUCAGAGUUAUUCGCUAAACUACUGAAUUAGCUACCAAUAUACAGCGUCCCAUGCAUUAUACUUCAUACACAAUCUUAAUUAUAUUUUGUUGUUGUGUGCAUUUUAAGAAAUUAAAUAUCACGUGUCUCAGACGGUGAAGGAAAGCAUCGUGAGGCCUGCAUACCAGAGAAUGUUCAUAAUUCUCUGCGUGUGUGAAGUCUGCCAAUCCGCAUUGGGCCAGUGUGGUGAACUAAUGGCCUAACCUCUCUUAUCGUGAAAGGAGACUCGUGCUCAGCAGCGAGCUGAGUAUGGGUUGAUAAUGAUGAUGAUGAUGAACGAUUUAUGUUCAUCAUCAUGAUAUGAUAAGUAGGAAAUAUUGUAUGUUUCAUUAAGUUUGAUCCAAUUAUUUAUGGGUCAACCUGUAUAAUUUAGGUAAAAUUAAAUUUCACGAUAAUAUAAAUUUAAUUUUUUGUUAAAACAGUAUUUGUUUACAAAUAUUUUACGACUUACCUACCUAUUUUUCAAGUUACCAUAUCGCUACCAAGAGCCGAAAUAUAAUCUUUAUUUUUAUAUUACAGGUUUCAUGUGUUUUUUUUUUUUACUUUUACAUAGGUACCUAUGUUACUUAAUUCCAUUUAUUUUGAAUUUUGGUGUAAAAAACUUAUUUGAGCAAUUUUUCGAAUCUUAUGAUUAUUACUUACGUAUAGAAAAAUAUUAUAGCUGAUAUCCAAAACUAAUUAAUGUUUAUUAUCUAUGAUUUCUCCCCUCAAAACAUUCCGAAUAUUUAGUUCAUAAUUAAUAAUCAAAAUAUAUGUGUGUUUGUUAGUUAAUUUUGUACCUACCACCUACCUAGGUGUUUGAACGGUAGAAGAAGGUUGAUUGUAUUGUAAACGAGUAAAUGUCAUUAUGAUUUAUGUUUACUAACAUUUUUAUAUUGUACCAAUUGUACCAAUAUAAAUAAUAUAAUAUGUAUAGAUAUAAAUAGUUAACACCAAGACUGAUAUUAAAAGUCAAUUAGGAUAACAACAAUUGCAAUUUUCUAAUAAUUGUAAUAAUUGAUUGUCACUACGUUUAUAUUGAUCAAAAGAUACCAAAGUUUAAAUAAAUGUAUUUUAUAUAUA